AUGCCUAUAAAGUGCCCACCUUCCAAGACCUAUUCCUUACGCGGAAGAAGCCAAGUUGCUAAACCAUAUACUGAAAGACCUUCCAGAAUUAGCUGGACAAACGAUGCUGACAUGUUUGCCGAUGGGCUUAACUCUAACCAGCAUGCCGUUUUAAUGCUCACAGAAGACAAUGGAAAGUUUUUCAAAGAGAUUGGCAGAAACCAAAGAAGAGUUAUAUCGCAUAUGAGAGCUGAAUUUGCAAAGUUAGGAGUAACUCCUAGAGACUCCUAUUCUAGCCUACUUCACGCUGUUGAACGUAUCAAACGUGACUAUGAGGAAGCGCGCCGAAGACUAAGAAACUAUGUUACGAACCCAAACUUGACCGCCGCUGAUAUGCAGCGUUCGGAUGGAAUGGAAAGCUUGAAAGGAGCCUAUCCCGAAUUCCCGGUUAUUGCAGAAGCAUUGGGCGAUUGGCCUUUCUGUAAAGAUGAAGGGACGAAAGCUUUGGAUGUCUUAAACAUUCCAUGCGUUAUACCAGCCGAUUUGACUGAUAGUGACGAUGAUUCAUCCGGUAGCUUCUAUAGCAGUGAUGAUGCACAGCCAGCUCCUGUUCCUAAUGCAUCCUCAUCCGUUAGCUCCAAUAAUUCCAUCGUUUCUUCAACUGUAGACUCGAACAUUAUUCAAAUUCCGCGGUCUGAGCUUCAUACGCGUCUUUUCGCCAGUACUGCUGUUAGUCAUGGUACUUGUUCAGCCGAUACCACUGAUGAUGAAAUGUUUGAGUCUAUGUCAUACUCAGGCGAAUCUGCCGAUGGCACCUCAACCCAAACUGAAAGACCAGAAGCAUCAAGUACGAUACAUGGAGAGGAGCUUCAUAGUACAAGCAUUAUUGGCCCUCUAGCAGAUAGUUCAGAUACGUUGAGUAUCAGACCAGUCUCCAACGUUAGCAGCAAUGUUGGACUUCCCAGUCAACAAUUAUUUACCAAAAGCGUGCCUUCCAUUCCUACAACUGUUCCUACUUCUACUGCAACAACGAGUAUAUCGCUCCAUUCCCCGUCUCGCUUUGCUGAAACUGAACCUGUUGUUGUUAUUCGACGAUUCAGUAGACGAAACAAGAACCAUGCAAACGCCAGCGAUAGUACAGACAUGAACCUCCAUAAAUCAGCUAAAAAGCCUAUCUUCAAGCCAGCUACAAGUAAGAAUAUGGUAUCAAAAGCAGCAGCGAAGGUUCUCAAUGAAAGUAAAGAUGCUUUGCGUGUGAAAGUUCCGCGCAUCGAUACUACUCAAAAUGAUACUACUUUUGUUCAGACUGGUGAUAAAAACGUGCAUCUUCCUCUGGCUGAGAAUCAAAUGGAAGCUGCUCGCUUAGCGGCCUUGACAGCCAAGUACACCUAUGAAGUCAAACAAUUCGAAUUAAAGAUAAAAAACACAGAACGAAAAAUAGCGAAAAGUGAACGCAAAAUUAAGAAGCACGAAGAACGAAAGAUCAAGCAUGAACUCGAUACUUUCCGUUUCAAAUCUCGACAGUUGAAAUACAAAAUAAAGAUACAUCAGCUUCAAGAUCAAUUGGCAUCCUUCAGUCAAAACCCUUAA